GCUGGUUCGGUUGCCUCCCUGCGGCGUAUGCCAGAUCAACAGUAGAGCCGCCUAGGACGUAACGCAGCAGCAGCAUGGCAGAAGGAGGAUCUGUGCGCAAGGCCAAGCGCACUGCCGAGCACCAGAUCAACAAGGACGAGGAUCCCGAGGGCGAUGGAGUGGGCGAAGAGGUGGAGGCGGGCACCUUUCAGCGAGCGUCUGCCGAAGUUCUUAAGACGAGGAAGAUCGUGAAGGUCAGAUCAAGAUCCCCGGCGGAACAACCUCCCGCCGCCGUCGCCGCCGCCGCCGUCGCCGCCAACCCGUUCGCGAGUCUCGGGUCUGCCUCCUCCGCCGGUGCCGCUGCUGCGAACCCUUUCCAAAACGUGGUUCUCACAACCAAGCCUGCCGACGCGGUGCCAUCAGCGGAGACGGCAACGCCAUCAGCCACGCCGCCGCCGCCGGCGUCGGCGACCAACGGCGGAAGCGGCAGCGCCUCGGCGGCGGCGGCGGAGGCGGCAGACGGAGGUGGCGCUAGCUCUUCCGCCACCCCGGCUAGCGCGGAGACGCCUCCAUCUCCGAAACUCGCAGCAGCAGAAGCAGCAGCAGCAGCGACAGAGGACCCGCAGUCUACGGCGGAAGCGAGUGCGGGAGGUGAUGCUGCCUCCAAGGACGAGGACACAGCGGAAGCCAAGACGGAGAGAAAAGAACCCGAAAACGGGACCAAGAAGGAAGGAGAAGGGGACGGGGACAAGCCAUCCCCUGGGGCGGCCGUAGACGGCGCGAAGGCGGGAGAGGGGGCGGCGAAGGAGGAGAAGCCGCCGGCGGCGGGGGUGGUCUCGUUUGCGACUCUCGGCGGAGGCGGCACGGCAACGCCAUUCAAGUCGGUGGGAGCAGCAGGCACCUCCGCCAUCGGAGGCGGCGCGGCACCCCUGUCUUUCGGGGGAUUCGGCUCGACGACCGCCCCAUCUCUUCUCGGAGCAGGAGCAUCAGCAGGCUUGGGGCUGUCCGGUACCGGAGCUAAGCUUAACGGAUCCACGGCGGCGGGGCCGGUGUUGUCGUUUGGAAGCUCCACGGGCAAGGCGGGGGCUUCGUUCUCCUCGUUUACUUCGUUCGCGUCGGCGCCGACGGCGGGUGGCGGCUGGGGAAUCCCGGCGAAGAAGGACGGUGGCGGGAGCGGUGCCGGCACGGCGGACGGCGGCGGUGGUGACGGCGGCGGGAAGGAAGACGACGGAAAGGGGACAGCAAGCGGUACCUCAGCGACGGACGUCUCCACCAAGGCGCCGCUGGAAUUGAUGGACCCUUCCGAAGUGAUCAACGGAGAGGAGCUGGAGGAAUGCACCCACAAGGCGAGAGGGAAGCUCUUCCGGCUGGUUAACAAGGAGUGGGCUGAGAUGGGGAUCGGCAACUUGAAGGUGCUCCGAAGCGCGGUGAGCAAGGAUGCAGACGGUUCCGGCGAUGCCAACCCGGAAGAAACGAAAACAAGCGCCGCCGCCACGGCUCGCCUGGUUAUGCGAAGGGAGGCGGGGCAGCAGGUGAUGAUCAACGUGUCCCUCCAGGCCCAGACGAAGUGCUCCAUGCAGGGCGAAAAGGCUCUUCUGCUCACGUGCUUCACCGCCGACGGCCCGGCAACCUACCUUCUCAAGGUGAAAACCCCGGAAGUUGCGAGCGCCCUCAAGGCGUCGAUUGAUGUGCUGCUGCCGCCGCCGCCGUCGGAGGAGAAGAAGGAAGGAUCGGCCGUGUAGGAUACAGAAGAGGUUUUGAGACCGUCAGUCGCUUGAGCAAGCUUCCCAUACUGUUUUUUACACUUAAGAGGCGGCCUACAUGUGCUGCUUUUGGCCUUUUGGAACUCGCCGCUCUUGUUUGGCAGCUUUCGAGACGGUGCCGUGUUUUCUCGCUGUUGAGGAGCGGCACAUGGAUCCCCCCCCCCUAUUGUCUUUCACUUCCACGCGCCCCCCCCCCCCUUUCUUUUCCUGCUAGAGGAGAGAAAAAGCGUCUCAUGCACGUUGGGGGUGGCGUGUCUCCAAGUAGUUCCAGUAUUUCUCGAUUUUUCGUUCGUUGCCUUUGUUCUUGCCUCAAUUUAUUUUUGUUCGUUGUCUCGAAGUCGCUUCCAGCCUUUCGUGCUGGCGUUUUGAUCAUCUGCUUGCUGCCUUUUUUUUUUUCACGCAUCGGUGGUCUCAUGGUUUUUGUUGUUUUCCCCCUUACUACACGGCGGCAGCGGAGCUGAAUGGUGGUCUUUGAUAGGACGCGUGUGUGGCAGACGGUGUUGAUAGGUCGGCAGGAAGUGAGUGCCGUUGCGUCCGCCUUCUUUGCCUCUCAAAAAAAAAAAAAUGUCCUGAACACGAAGUCCGCGGGGGAAAUGCGGCGCGGCUGUUGUUCUCAGUCGCUGUGUCUUGAAGAAGUGUCGCAGUAAAUACGCCGAUUGCGUUUUUUGCUGCACACUUGUUUUUCGGCGGCGACGGCGGCGGCGAGGUUUGGUUUGCAGGCAAGAGUGCGGGAGGAGAGAGAUUGGUGGGAGAAAUGGGAUCCGGAAUGCCCUCGCCUGUCUGGCCUUGUCACAGCUGCCGCCCCGAACUUCUCCUAGUCGGCCUUAUUCCAUUCAUCGGUUGGUGUCGGUUUGUCGUAAUGCCAGUUGGUGUCGAGUUGCGGAUUAUUUUGCCCCCGCUUUGUGUUGACGGUGUGUCUCCAAAAAUUAAGACCCGGUGAGAAAUCCAACAAGGUGGCAAUGUUGAAUGUUCCACGCCGGCGGUGAGUUUCCUUUCUUUUUGUUGUGGUCGUUUUUCAGUGAGCAACUGUAUCUGGAUUCGCGGUUGGUAUCAUGCAGGGCUACGAUAAAAGGGUUUUGGGGCCGAUGAUAUGUGCGAACAGGAGGCCGUGGCCGUUUGUAUGUGUGCAGUUCAAAUAGCUUGUCGAGGCUACGGUAAGAGGUCCGGCGAGGGGCGAACAUGAGAGUGAAAUGGAACAGUGUGAACAUGGCAAACGUCAGUUUUUUGUGGUAACAACCCAUAGAGCAGCGCAUGAGAGAUCAGCAUUGGAGUUUUUGCGUCGACGAAGGUGUAGCGGGGCGUUUUGGGUAUGGCUUUGGUGGUUGCAGCAGCAGCAGGCAGCAGCAGCACUACAUGUAGUAGCAGUACUGUUACUUUUGUCCCGCACGUCAAGCAUUACCACAGAACUCCACAUGCGAUGUCUUGAUUCCCUGAGUUACAGUAGUGACUGCAAUGGGCACCGCCCUAUGCCAAUGAGAUGGUGCUAUUUAGCCACGUCCUUGCGUCACACUUGGGUUAGGGCUGCAAGGCGAUGCAACAUAUGGCAAGGGGAGCACCAACAGUAGUGCUCUCCCACAGCUUGUGGGAGCAGUUCGUCACUCACCCAUUUAUCUUCUCGUACUGUGAGCGUGAUGCGAAGCAACCUCCUUAACUGGGCAUUAAUGUGGCGUUGCAAGUCGUAGAUCUGGUAGAUGUAGCGAAUGGGAAAAGGAGAGGGGGAGAGCAGGAAAGUAGAGGUAGGUUUUAUCGCCAACAAGUUGGCCGGCUAAAAAUCGUGCGCGUGGAGAGCUAUCGCCCACUUGGAUUAACCACGACCGACUCUUGUUUUUUUCUUUCGGAAAUGUCUCCGGUCAAGGAUUGCGAGAAGAGACAUGCACUUUUUUUUUACGUGUGCUAUGGAGUCAGUCCCAUCCAAGAAAUCCGACGAUAGGCGUGAAUGAAGUGUUUCUUGUCGAGGUGUGAACGGAGUUCCUAGAAGUUGGUGGCGGUGUGGUUUUCUCUUUCCGACGGGUGGCGAUGAGUAGGGUGGUUUGUGGCAUUGGGGGAACCAGACUUCGAAUGCGGCGAUAGAGCGCAUUCACGUUCAACUACUUUCCAAGCUGAAGACGACGUUCGGGUGUAGAUUACGCGAUCUGAUGAGUGUUUUUCCUUCUUUUCUUCCUAGAACGCAAAUGAAUGGGUGUGCAACCGUGGCAGCGUCAGAUGUCUCGUCUUGCUUCGCACUCCCCUGCCUAUAGCUGUUGUUGGACUUUUCAUCCUGUCAACGAUUGUAGCUCGUCGUUCCCGCCAAUUUUUGCGUAGCAUCUCCAUCGCGGACGGACAUGGAUUGAGUAAAACCCUUGCAUCCCACCCUUCCUUCCUCCGAUGGGCAAGAAACGCGGCGUUGGCAUCCUCUUCCCCCUAUCUCUCACUCCACAACCGAAAGAAAGCAAGAAGCAAACGUCUUCCCGCGGAGUAACCGACACGUCGGAAAACAUCAGGUAAAUCCCUCGACCCUUCUUCGAAACAACAGGUUGAAGUUGAAGCGGAGUCAGGGCGCGGUAGUGAUCUCACGAACCCCCCCCCCCCCCC